ACGUCUGCUCUCAGCGCUUGCGGCCCUGCGCGCGCACCCCAGCGGGUCCCACUCCCACGCGGAGCCCGGGCGCCGCGGGCACGGGCGCUGCGCGUCCCCGGCCCCCGGUGUGGGACCAGAUUCUCUCCCCGACGCGUCGCACCCGCUCUUGGUCACUCCUUACAGCUGACUGCGGGGUUUGCAACCCAACGCCGAAAGCGCAGAAACGGGCCGAGCGUUAUUUCUCCCGCUGCGGUGGGCUGCAAGGAGCGGCCCAGGCCUGUGGGUAAUGACGCGGGCUCAGGGUCUCGCGGCACGCUGUGGGGCCCGGAAGUGUCUGUUUCGGGGGGCAGUUUGCUGUCCCCCUCUCUCUCCCCACUCGGCAGCUGGCCCAGCUCUGGGUUCCUACUGGAUAGGAUCCAGUGAGCCCGGAAAGGCCUCAGACGCUGUGCACCUUUCUAACAAGGCCCAGAUGAUGGUAGGGGUUAGGACAAGUCUUCAAAGAAAGUCAGAAUAUUUCAAAGAUGCUUCAAAGAUGAAAAGUGGGCUUAUGUUUGUCAAACUGGUGAACCCGUGUUCAGGGGAAGGAACCAUUUACUUGUUCAAUAUGUGUCUACAGCAGCUGUUUGAAAUAAAAGUUUUCAAGGAAAAACACCAUUCUUGGUUUAUAAAUCAGUCAGUUCAAUCAGGAGGUCUUCUCCACUUUGCCACACCUAUAGACCCUCUAUUUCUGCUUCUCCACUACCUCAGAAAGGCUGAUAAAGAGGGCAAGUUCCAGCCCCUAGAUCAAGUCGUGGUGGAUGACAUGUUCCCAAAUUGCAUCUUGUUGCUGAAACUUCCUGAACUUGAGAAGUUACUUCAACAUGUGACAGAAGAGAAAGAAAUAGACAAAAAGAAAUAUUACAAGUACAGCAAGGAGAAGACGAUAAAGUGGCUGGAAAAAAAGGUUAAUCAGAUUGUGGCAGCCUUAAAAACCAAUAAUGUAAAUGUCAGUGCCCGGGUACAGGCAACUGCAUUUUUCUCUGGUGACCAGGCUUCCAGCGACAAGGAAGAGGAUUAUAUUUGUUAUGCCCACGGUCUGGUAUCUGAUUACAUCCCUAGAGAACUCAGUGACGACCUGUGUAAAUAUUUAAAGCUUCCAGAACCUUCAGCUUCAUUGCCAAACCCUCCAUCAAAGAAAGUAAAGUUAUCUGAUGAGCCUGUAGAAGCAAAAGAAGAUUACACUAAGUUUAACAGGAAAGAUUGGAAGACUGAAAAGAAAAAUAACAAAAUGACCGCAGCUCAGAAGGCUUUGGCUAAAGUUGACAAGAGUGGAAUGAAAAGUAUUGAUUCCUUUUUCGCUGCAAAAAAUAAAAAAAAAAAUUGAAAAGACUUGAAACUUUGAAAAUGAAAUCUAGCAAAAAAUAGUCGCCUUUUCCAGGUUCCAUUUUUGUCCUUCCUCCAUGCCACUCUACCUCCUGACCCUUAAUUACCACCUUUUGAAAAAAUAAAACAAAAAAACUUUUUAAAAAUGAGGGCAAUUUUCAGAGUCGAACAUUUCUUGGCAUUUGAUUUUUGUGUUUCUGAACAAAAUAUGGCAAAGUAAUUGGGUAACUUCAUGGCCUGUGGCCUUCAGAGUCUUGUCUGACAUCAUGAAAAGUCAUCAAGUGAACAGAGCUGAUCUGUAGCUAGCCUCACAGUUUCCUCAAUAAACGAACAUGUGACCAUA